UCCAUCAUCAAGCACCAAACACUUCCUCUGACGAAGACUUUUGAGAUGCAACCCUCUUCUUUUUAAACCUUCUUUUUCCUACUCCCUCUUCACUCCUCUCAACUUUCCCGGAAAAUCCAUUCCAUUUUCUCACCAUCCAAACAUGAAAAAACACCAACAACCUCAACUUCACAUCAUCCUCACUCUCGUACAUUUGUUCUCUUUUGGGACGGCAGUUGUUUCAGCUCGACUAUUCCCCGACGUCCCCUCUUUUAUACCCGACGGUGUGCCUCCCAGCGGCGCGUGGGAUGCCUUCCGCAACUUCUCCGGCUGCCACCGCGGCGAAAACUACGACGGCCUCUCCAAUCUCAAAAGCUACUUCAAACGCUUCGGCUACAUCCCUCACGCGCCGCCGUCGAACUUCUCCGAUGACUUCGACGACGCGCUCGAAGCCGCUAUAAAAACCUACCAGAAGAAUUUCAACCUCAAUAUCACCGGCGACCUCGACGACAAAACUCUCCGGCAGAUCAUGCUGCCGCGAUGCGGCGUCGCCGACAUAAUCAACGGCACAACCACCAUGAACGCCGCCGGAAACCAAGACGAGACGGCGUCGCACGGUGACAGUAACCUGCACUUCCACACUGUCUCGCACUACGCCCUUUUUCCCGGCCAGCCACGGUGGCCGGCGGGGAAGCAAGAGCUAACGUACGCGUUCUAUCCCGGAAACAGCCUCAGCGACGCCGUGAAAUCCGUCUUCACCGGCGCGUUCGCGCGGUGGUCGGAGGUGACGACGCUGACGUUCCGCGAGACUUCCUCCUACUUCGACGCGGACAUGAGGAUUGGAUUCUUCGACGGCGACCACGGCGAUGGUGAACCAUUCGACGGGAGCUUAGGGACGCUAGCUCACGCGUUUUCCCCCACAAACGGGAGGUUCCACCUGGACGCCGCCGAGGACUGGGUGGUUUCCGGCGACGUGUCGAAGUCAGCGCUGGCGACUGCGGUGGAUUUGGAAUCCGUUGCGGUGCACGAGAUAGGGCACCUUCUUGGGUUAGGACACUCGUCGGUGGAGGAGGCGAUCAUGUUUCCGACGAUAUCGUCGCGGACGAAGAAGGUGGUGCUUGCGGAGGAUGACAUAAAGGGAAUUCAAUAUCUCUACGGCACCAACCCCAGUUUUAACGGAUCCUCCGCCACCACUUCUUCGCCGGAAAGGGAUGCCAGUGACGGUGGUCGCCGCCUAACUUGCUUUUUGGCGUCGCCGUGGUGGGUCCUUUUCAGUUUGUUGACCUCUGCAUUCUUGCAUUUGGUCUUAUAGGUUUUUUUUAUAUUGUUUUAUUAAUUUAUUUUAUUUUUUUGAGAAUAUUAAUUGUGGGUAGAAGAAUGUUAUAGAAUUAUUAUCUCUGUUGACAAAAAAAAAUAUCCCCAGUCUAGAAUACUUGUGUUAGGGGGAAAAAGAUAUAUAAUAUCAUGUCCAAUUUUUGGGGACCUUGUAUAUAUAUGUAGAAUUUCUUGGUGUAGUGACAUGAAUCCGAAAUACAAUAAAUGGAUGGUUUAGCUGGGA